UCAGACCAAAAAGAAAGAAGCCAAGAAGAUACCAAAAGACUGAAAAAAGACUUUCCUUUCCAAACACAUCAAAAUGAGUCUCUCUGAUGUGGAGCUGGAGCAGAUGAUGGCUAAGAGAGAUGGAGAGAUCGUUCGGCUCAGAGAGGAAGUGCAGAGACUGCAGCUGACUCUACAGGAAGCCCAGCAGAGCACAGCCAGUCACAUCUCACGCCUUCAGCAGCAGCUGGCCAAUAAAAUGGAGAAUAUAGAGAGACUCAAGGCCAAGUUACACUCCCAGCAGGACUACGAGAAGAUCAAAGAAGAGCUCAGGGUCCUUAAAGAGAGGAGACAGGCUUCAGCAGCACACUUCCACCUUGUAUCAGUGUCCUCGCCAGCUUCAGACAGAGCUGGAUUGGAGAUAGAAGGGGAAGAAGUUCCUGGAUAUAGCGCUGAUCUCUGUAUAUCAGGUGCAGAAAUCAAGAGGGAGGUUGAGACGCCUCCAACAUCUCACCCAUCCACAGAGCUGGUGAGGGACCUGAGCAACCCUGUCCACACCAGCAGUGAUCAUUCUGAAUCCAGCAGAAGAUCCACACCAUCACCCUGUCCAAACACUCCAUCACCCCAUGACCUUCUGCCAUGUCUCUCCAUUAAAUCAGAAAACAGUAACACAGCUGAAGACUGUGCUUCCCCCAGGGCAGAUUCCUGUUGGACCAGGGACAUCAGCAACAACUGGUCCUCAGCUGGUAACGCUCUAGGAACUGGGAUGUUCUUGGAAGGUGUGGAGAACCAGAUCACCACUGCUGAAAUCGCUCAGCAAGUGAAGGAACUGCUUCAGAAACACAAAAUCGGCCAGCGUGUGUUCGGGCAGUUCGUUUUGGACAGGCUGCAAGGAAGCGUCAGUGAGAUUCUGGCUCAUCCCAAACCCUGGAGCAAACUGACCACCAGAGGCAAAGAACCUUUUCUGAGGAUGAUCCACUUCCUGUCAGAUGAACAGAACGUUCUGGUACUACAGAUCAUUCAGGAUCGACUGCGUGGUGAACAGGACUCAUCCUUAAAAACCUUCGGUAACUCUUCAUCAGUGAUUCAUUCUUCAGACAAGCACUCUGAUGAUGCAAUAAGGAACAUUCUUGAAAAUGCGAAGAAGGAGCAGCAAUCACAGAGUGAAGGUGACGAAUCAAGGGUCCAUCACAAUCAGAGCAGACAUGAUGCCACUCAUGAAGAUCUUAGCAUGGGCAGAGGUUCUGAGGACAUGGUCAGAGGCAUUCUGAUGCAAGUGAGACGAGAGAUUGAGGUGCAGAAGGAUGCAGUGGACCAGCAGAGAAGACCAGCUGUAGAUCCCUUGAUGUCUUCUGAUUUUCAGGUGAAGCAGGAGCAGUAUGAAAAGAGCUCCCUAUCUCAACAAUCUCCAGUCUGUGAACUUCUCAGUCUGGCCUCUCCAUCAGAUUUUGUCCAGAACAUCAUCAGGAAGGUUAAGAGUGAAAUUGGGGCUGAGGGUUUCUCUUCCUCUUGCACCAAUCAGUCUACCUUCAUCCCAGCAUCUCCUAUCCUUCAUCGUCCUAUUCUGGACACCAGUCACAAGCCAUCUCCAGGUAGAGGUGGAGGAACUGGAGAUGGAAAUCUGGAAAUCAGUGAAAGUCCAGAAAUGGAUCAAACAGGUCUUGAUCAGUUGGUACAUCUUGAUCACACACCCUUGGAGAGCUACAAAGAGAACCUUCAACCUCCUCAAGCUCUAGAUGGGCGACACUGUGUUAAAGAUCUUUCUCAGCCUGAUGCUGAUCUCCAUAAUGGGCUGGACGCAAAGCAGCAGAUGCUCCAGCGCCUUGAGCUGGACACUCUGAGUAUCACCAGGAAGGUGAAGGAAGUCCUUGUAGAACACAACUUAGGACAGCGUCUGCUUGGAGAGCAGGUUCUGGGUUUAUCACAGGGUUCUGUGUCAGAUCUUUUGGCUCGACCCAAACCGUGGAAGGACCUCAGCGUCAAGGGAAGGGAACCUUUCAUCCGGAUGUACCUCUGGCUCAAAGACCCUCAAAACAUAGAAAGCCUGAAAACAAUGAAGACUUUAGGUCAGCGAGCACAAACAAAGCGUCCCUUCUCUCUCCUGAGCGCCUGGUCAGACAGUACUUCCCAAGAACCUCUGCUUGAUGUAACUGCUCACCCUCCAGAGCAGUUCACCAUGGCUAAGAGGCCUCGUGUGGUGCUCACGUCUCGAGAGAAGGAAGUUCUGAGCAAGGCCUUCCAGCUGGAGCCCUAUCCCUCACACCACACCACCCAGAGACUGGCCCUACAGCUGGGCCUUCAACCCAGCACCGUCACCAACUGGUUUUACAACCACAGAUCCAGAUUGAGACGUACGAUCCAAGAUGAGAGAUCAGCUCCUACUGAAUAUAGUAAUUCAUCGUUUUUGGACCCCCUGUUCUGGCCCUGCCAUAAUCCGAACAGUAACUCCUCCAGUACCACACCGCACACCAGCAUGAUGGACACAGGCCUGGUGACCAUUAAAUCAGAACCCAGUGAUGCUGAAAUAUCCGAGGUGAGAGUGGAGGACACGGACCUGUACUGGGAUACCAAGUACGUCUCCACUGGAGUCCAGUCCUGCAAGAACCUGAAACUGGAAGAAGAGCAAGACCAGAGAAUCCAGUCGUCCCAGUCAGAGGAUGGAAUAGAGGAUAUGGUGAAGAAGGAUCUGCACCUGACCCAAACGCUCAUUAAUGAGUCUCCAUUCACCUAAAAACACCACACCUACCUGCAGAAAGAAUUCAGCUACUUUUGGCAAGUUGCACUCGUUGACACAGAUGUGCAAAUGUCCUCAUACAGACAAGUACUGCCAAUAGAAUAGCACUCCCUGGAGCUGAUAAUAAACAUUAAACUGUGGGCACCAUGCCUCGUGUGGGCUAAGUAGAGGGGUAUGAAGCUCCCCAGCAUUGAGCACUGAGCCGUGGAGCAGUGGAACUGUGGUAUCUGGAAUGAUGCUCCAUCCAGUACUGUUAGGAUGAAUUGGGGAUGAGUUUGGGAUGAGUUGGGAAGAGGAUGAGUUGUGGAUGAGGUGGGAUGAGUUGGUAAAUUGGGGAGGAGUUGUGGAUGAGUUGCGGAUGAGUUGGGGAGAGGAUGAGUUUUGGAUGAGGUGGGAUGAGUUGGGGAGUUGGGGAUGAGUUGUGGAUGAGCUAGGGAUGAGGUGGGAUGAGUUAAGGAGUUGGAGAUGAGUUGGGAAGUUAGGGAUGAGAUGGGGAGUUGGGUAUGAAUUGGAAUAUGUUGGAGAUGUGUUGUGGAUGAGUUAGGGAGUUAGAGAUGAGGUGGGAUGAGUUGGGAUAAGUUGGGGAUGAGGUGGGAUGAGUUAGGGAGUUGGGAAUGAGUUGUGAGUUGGUGAGUUAGGGAUAAGGUGGGAAGUUGAUGAUCUAACAUCCCAACUUCACAAACACUAUAGCAAUCUUGUAGAAAACCUUAAAAGUCAGGCUGUAUGCAGUAAUAAAAAAGAUGGAGUUUUCUUAGGAAAAUAACUGCUUUUUGAUAUCACAUUUUAAUUUAAGUACAAAUAAAAAUAAAAAAAUCUU